UUCUUAUUUUUUUAGUUGUUAUUAAUUAUUUGAGGUGUCUCAUUCUGUGCUCGAACUAGAUGUAAAACCAAACCCAAUGGAGAGGGAAUUAUUAGAAAAAAAUAUGCGAUAGGCAUUGAUAACUGGAACUAGGAAGUGGCAAUAAUUUGACGUGAUUCAUGAAAGCCGAGUGCUGUGUAAAUUAGUUACAUAAUAGCAAAGCUACUCUUUUCUUUUUUAUUAUAGUGUAGUAUUUUUGUUAAUAGCAACCUAUGUGUUAUGAAUCAAUUUAAAAGAUUUGUUGCAUCCAGAUCAAAUUUAGUUAUGAACAAAAGGUAUACAAGUGUCCACUCAGCUGGUAUUGAACAAAUACACGAAAUGCCUCUUAAUGAAAUCAUUAGACCAAUUCCACCACAAGUGGAUGAAGGAAAGGUUAAGAGUUUAAUGGAUACUUUGUCAGAUCCGGAUCGUACAGAUUCAGUACCACCAAUAGACGUACUAUGGAUAGUAGGAAGAGAGGGUGGUAAUUACUUUUAUUCAUUUGGUGGAUGUCAUCGGUAUGCAGCUCACAAACGUUUGAAAAGGGAGACAGUAAAAGUCAAAUUGGUAUCUUCAAAUAUUCAAGAUUUACACAACUAUUUGGGAGCAUCCACACCCGAUCUUAAAUAAUAAUCAUAUCUCAUUACUAAAUUAAUUUCAUAAUUUCAUAUUGUAACUAAUUUUUAAUAGAUUUUGAGGGUUUUCAGGAUUUUAAAAAAGUUAAUCAAAUAAUUGAAGGUUAUUAUAAUUAUGAAAAAAAAAAAAUAACAUUUCAAGAAUAAUAGUAUUAUUGUUUUAUUGAAUAAUAACAUUUGUUGAG